AUGGCGUCGUUCAUUGAACCAUCCUUGCUUGAAGGAGAGCAUUUUUCAGAGGCAAUCCGUAUUGUAUGCUGUUUUUUUCAAGUGGAAAGUCUUCACCGAGAGCAAAUAGAGGCACUCAAAGCGUUCUUCCUCGGAAAGAAUAUAUUCUUUAGUGCUGGCACAGGUUACGGUAUUAAAUCUUUAGUGUUUCAAGCGGUUCCUCUCCUUGCUGAUCUCCUCGACGAACAAGUCGUUGGAAGCAGCAUUGCGAUUAUCAUAUGUCCUUUGGUGUCUCUCAUGCUCGAUCAAGUCGCGUAUUUGAAGUCGUUAGGACUGAAUGCUGCUGAUGUAUAUAAUGGUCAAGACGAGGAAUCAAAAUCAAAUAUUCUGAAAUUUUAAUUAAUUUGGCAUAAUUAUAAGCCGACCAAUCAGAAUGCGUCCCACGAUUUCUCGGGAAAUCCACGUGACCAUACAAGCUUUCUGUCGCUGAUUAGCAGACUAUAUAUGAACCCAAUAUAAAUAGUCUGCGAUGCAGGCUAAGGGGGGGCAGGAUAGUAAAUAAAUUCUUCGACGUUUCGAGCGAAGGCCCUUUGUCAAGAAGUUAGUGAGGAAUAAACGCGUAGGCCAGAGCGGGGCUUGCAAAUUUGCGAAAAAUUACGUAUUUUAAAAAUUUACGUAAACAUGAAUUUAUUUAAAAAUUUACGUAAACAUGACAAAGUGACACCGCGUGAAAAAAAGCCCCCAAAAAUUUGCAAGGCCCCUCAUAUUAAAAAAGCGCGGGGCCUCUGUUACUUGCUCAAAUUGCGUCCACAAAUCAGAUUAUACUGGAGCUUCGUCAUGGAUCACGCUUAACCAAUGAGAGCCGUCUACUGCUGUUGUCUACGCAGAGGUUCGCUCCUUUGUGGACCAAUAGUAAGUCAGAAUAUAAACCGGAAGCUCGCGUCUCAUAGCUACCAUGAUUGGCAUGAUGUAUCAUAUUAAUAUGUCAUGUGUAUUACGCUGUGAAAGUAGGAGCAAUCGCAAUUCGCAAAUCUAUUCAAAUUUCAAAGCAAUCAAAGCAUUUUAAAAGUAUUUUUAAAAGUGAUUUGUGGAGAUAUUGUGUAUCUCAUUUUAAAGUGAAGAGAGGUGAAAAGAAAAGACAACGUUUACGCUAUCAAACGGUAAGUUUUAUUUAUGAAAUUUUAUUGUGUUUACUCAUAUUAGUUGCUGCUGCGCGUUCCAAAUUAUUUGUGAAUGUAACUUAGAUAUUUUUUUGUCAAUUUGGUAUAUUCGACCGAUUAUUAUUAAAUAAUAGGCCUCGCUGUUUUUACUGUGCUCCUGCUGUUUUACUGGGGAAAGCUAAAGCUAAGCAAAUUUUAGUGAACAAUUUUCCAGCUUGGCCAUGACAGAUACAAACACAUGUUUUAUUGUUUGCUUUGCUAAGUGCGCUCAAAUAUGUUAUUUAAUAUCUGCUCCUCUGUGUGCUAUAAAUAUUAGCGAAUAAUAUACGGUCAUUAUAGAGGAAACAAACGUUUUAUCAAUGCUUUUAAUAGCCAAAUUGGCUGUAUAUUUAUACUAAUUUAUAUCUGUAUAAAAUGUUGAUGUAGUCGCUUCCCCUCAUUUCAUGGAUGCGCUUUGGGGAAACUGGCACCUAAAUGACCAUUUAUAGUCAUUAUAGAAUUUAAUAGAAACUCAUAUAUAUAAUGAUAAUUUGUAAAAUGCUACCCUUGGGAAUCAGCGUUUCACGCUUUCAAUUCAUGAUUAUUUUCAACUCAAUUUUGAGGGCCACAAAUUUAUCAGUAGUUUUUUUUACUUAUACUGUCAAGUGUUACCCUCGUGAAAUAAAGUCUAUACUGUACUAUACUGCCAAUUAAUUUAGGACCAGUAUUGAGUAGGAAUCAGUCAGCUCAUCCGUUGAGGGGGUGCGGGUAAUAAUUGAAAUGGCCUAAUCAUAGGUGGCAGUAAAGCAGUGAUAUAUUAUCAGCCUAGUCCCAGUCGUUCUGAAGCAAGCGCGAGAAAAAAGUGGAUGUAGUACGAGACUGGGACCUAGGUGUGACGUCACCGCUCAAGGUGCUUCAGAACGCCUAGCAGAUUUCAGUAUUUUUAAUAUGGCGGAAAAUUUAUAUAUACAAGUAACCUUUUAAUUAUAAAUACGACAAUGUUCGUUUAUCAUGUGCAUGUUCGAUGUCUACAUAACAAAAUCAAACCAUAUUAAAAAUGUGCUCAACUAAAAAAAUUUAUAUACAAAUUUACGAUACCGAGUUUGAGCAAUCGUUGAUGUUAUUUAUAUGCUCGCAAGUUGUGAUCAACACUAGACCAUACUGGUAUACACAACUACGCUUUCUACUUGACAGGUUUAAAUUGCUGAGGUUAUUGGAAAUAUUUGCCUGACAUGACGGUGUUGUCAAAACAUUUUUAGUCGGAGACUCGGCAUAAUUUUCAAGCUUCUAGAUAGCAUUUAAUAUGGCUAUAUAUUUUAGUAAACACGAGUCAUAUUUAGCCUGUUAUUCCAUUCUGACCGUAUGGCAGCGAAACGUAGCCUAUUUCAUUGUUCCGACAGCAUUAGAGCAAAACUAAUUAUUUAAUUAUAAAUGCAAAGGAAAUUUCCAUAACAUUUUCCAUUUACAAAUGAGGUAUGCUUGGUAACCAGGCCAGGGACCACUUUUUUGAAAUCAGGGACCAUUUUACCGAAAUCUGCUAGGCUCUCUCGCUGAAGCGUUCCGCACAGCACACCCAAGCAUAAAACUUUUAAGACUUAUUUAAAUAUAUCGAAGCAGCGAAUAGAGAGAGAGAGCCUGGGACUAGGCUGAUAUAUUAUAUAUCAGACCUGCCAACUUUUAAAAUGCUAAAUCUGGAGAUUUUAAAAUGGCGAUAUACCUGUAUAUAAUAUAAGUCAGUCAUUUUGAAUUUAACGGAGCCACCUCAGCGUGUACAGUCUGGCGAUAAUACUUGACUUUUAGUGACUAGUAGGCAAACUUGUUUUUGAUCUUGGUAGUCGUCUGCAGCCACAAUUUUUCUUGAAUUGUGACUUUUAUAUGCUAAAUGUUUGCACUAAUUAUGAUUUUUCACUACUUUUUUCCACUUAUAAAUAUCAAUAUAAGCUUGAAUUAAAAAAACUUGGUGUUUGCAAGCCAGGUAGGCAUGAGGCUUUUUCUGCAGAACACAUUUCAUGUGAACAUGUAUAUAGGCUGUAAAGCCCCCUCUCCCUUCUUUUAUGAGAAAUUACAUUAAUUGAGUACUGGUACUAGUAAUAUCUCACUUUGUGAUAAAGGAUUUAUAAUAAUUGUGUGUGUGUGUGCAAAUCAAGAAAGAUGAAACAAUCAAACAAUGUUGAACGCUCAAUUGCAAUUGGCACUACUGCCAGUAAAUGAGUUAGCAAAACUAUCUGCUAGUAUUUUACUUUGAAUUUAUAUGGAAAAGUCAAAUAGUGAUAAAUACACAGCCUAAACUUGACUUUAAAUAUAUUAAUUUCAGAGGUCUCGGAACUAAUUUCGGAACUUUAGUAUUGAUCAAUGGUUGAUAUUUGCAUUGUUAUUUCUAUUCUUGUUUAAAAUGCAUGUAUAUGUCCCAGUUGCUGGUUCUGAAUUAUCUAUGCUUACUGUUAGACAAAAUACAUUUUAAUUUUUAGCACAAAAUCCAUGGCAUAAUGGAGAAACUACAGAAAAUUUUCUUCUGAAGUACAUGCAUUGGCUUUAGGAAAUGACAGUGACGAAGAAAGCGUUUCUUUGCAUCCUGUCCAAAGUAAUUUGUUUGAAUCCCAGAAUUCCACCAUUAGUGAUCAAUCUGGUAUUAGUGGUCACUCUGAUAUUAGUGGUCAAUCUGAUAUUGACUCUGACGGACUAGAUUUAGUUAUUGAUUCUUCUGAUUCAAGUCAAAGUGAGGUUGAAAGUGCUCCUCCUAGCCCACUCCCUUCUUCAGAUGUAACUUUGAAAAACGAACUAGCUGCUUGGGCUACCAGAAACCGGUGUACUCGCGAUUCACUAAAUCAACUGCUUCAGAUAUUUAAUUUGCACGGCCAUAGCUUGCCAAUGGAUGGCCGCACUCUUUUGCAGACUGCCAGGAAUAUAACAACCCAGAUGAAGUGUGGUGGUCAGUACAUUUAUUUUGGAAUAGAAGCUGGUAUUGUCCAGAUUUUAUCGAAGUAUUCAUCUGCUGUUGAUAGAUUAGGUGAUAUUGAUUUGGUCGUUAAUGUUGAUGGUCUUCCCCUUUUUAAGUCAACGAAUCACCAGUUUUGGCCAAUUUUGGGUCGAUUUAAUAAUCUUGAGGUUUUUGUAAUUGGGUUGUUUUAUGGAAAUACGAAGCCAGUUCCUGUUGGGGAAUACUUGCAAGAUUUCAUUGAGGAGGUCAAUAAACUAAAUGAUACCGGAAUUACACAUGAAGGGAGGAACUACAAAUUUGUAGUGAAAUGUUUUUGUUGCGAUGCCCCUGCUCGUUGUUACCUGAAAUGCAUUAUUGGUCACACCGCCUACUUUGCAUGCGAACGAUGCACCAUGAAAGGUUCAUGGGAUGGAAGGGUUGUUUUUGAUGCCGAUAAUGAUGCAGCUGUUCUGCGUACUGAUGAACUUUUUUUGUCCUGUUCUUAUGAAACCCAUCAGAAACAACCUUCUCCUCUCUUGUUGUGCGGUGUUUCAUGUGUUAAGCAAUUUAGCUUAGAUUAUAUGCAUAUGGUUUGUCUUGGCGUCACAAAACGUAUACUGCACUACCUCAAGAAGGGGCCUCGUAAGUGUAAAUUGUCUUCCCAACAGUUUUCACAAAUAUCAGAUAAUUUGAAAGCUUUACGAGGUGCAAUGCCUAGCGAGUUUGCCAGGCAACCAAGGUCACUUGUCGAACUUGAAAGGUGGAAAGCAACAGAAUUUCGUCAGUUCCUGCUCUACACUGGACCUGUUGUAUUGAAGAAUGUGGUGUCAAAAGAUAUUUAUCAGCAUUUUCUUUGUUUGUCUGUUGCAAUUUCAAUCUUGUUGGACUCUGACAACAAUAAGCGAAAUUCACACUUGGCACUUGCACAGGAUCUGUUGCACUACUUUGUAAACAAUGCAAAGCAUGUUUAUGGAAACACUUUUACAUUGUACAAUGUUCACAGCUUGAAGCACCUGCCUGAGGACGUACGGUAUUUUAAGUGCUCUUUAAAUGAGAUUUCAGCCUUUCCGUUUGAAAACUUUAUGCAGCAUUUGAAGAAGUGUGUAAGGAACGGGCAAAAUCCGAUUGUCCAAGUGGCUAAGCGACUAGGAGAGAAUAUGGAUGCAGGUGCAAAGCAACAUGUUACCUCAAAUUUUUCCAAGAUAGGAACAGUAUCUGAUAACAUCAAGGACAGUUGUUUUUUGCUAGAAGGAAACAGAUUUGCCUUUGUUCAGGAGCAAAGAAGCAACGGGACAUUUGUAUGUAACAUUCUUGAUGAUCGUCAGUUAGAAAACUUUUACUCCAGCCCAGCAGAAUCAAAGGUUUUAAACGUGAAUUAUGUUCGAGAUACGCAUCACAAAGCAAAGCGUGUUCUUUUGGAGGCAUCAUCGUUUAUACGCAAAGCUGUUUGUUUGCCAGUUAGUGAAGGACAUGUGCUUUUCCCAUUGCACCAUGAAGUGGAAAGAUGUUAA